AAAGAGAUAUGAUGCUUUAUGGCGCGAUGUGUCUUAAUACUGGCUUGCUUCACUCACACAAGUAUUUUACCGUCACUGGACUGAGUGCUUGAAUUGAGGACAUGAAUAUUCAUGGGAAACGUGACGAAGAGUCGUUUCAAACAUGCAGGGAUAAUAACGCCAGUUGUUAAAAUAUACAUUUGCGUCAUAAACUUAUUGUAAAGAUGGAGAUUAUUAAAGUGGAGAUUGUGGACAUGGGCGAUCCAGAAACAGUCGAUGUGACAAAUGAAGAUACUGAAGAACAAAGAGACCUGACGGAAGUGAAGAAUGAAAGUCAAGAACCAAAUGAAGUGGAGGAGGAACAUCAGGAACCUUAUAAUUCCACAACUGGAGAAACCUCUUCAAGUGGCUCACAGACUGGAAAGGAGAUCUCUCCGAUAAAAAGAGUAGUCAGAAAACCUUUUUGCUGCCCUCAAUGUGAAAAGAGUUUCACAUGCAAAGACCACCUGAUGGAUCACUUCAGAAUUCACAUUGGAGAAAGGCCUUACGUGUGUCCACAGUGUGGCAAGAGUUUCGUUCAAAAAGGAAGUCUCAGGAUCCACAUGCGAAUUCACACUGGCGAGAGGCCUUUCACCUGCCCUCAGUGUGGAAAGAGCUUCUCAUAUAAAGAAAUCCUAAAGGAUCACAUGCGGAUUCACACAGGAGAAAGGCCUUUCAAGUGUGGUCAAUGUGGAAAUAGUUUCAAACAAAAGGGACACUUGAAGAUUCACAUGCGAACUCACACUGGAGAGAGGCCUUACACGUGCCUUCAGUGUGACAAGAGUUUCACGCAUCAAGGAAAUCUAUUAAGUCAUAUGAAAAUACAUUCUGGAGAGAAACCACACAAGUGUUCUCAGUGUGGCAAGAGGUUCUUUGAGGCAACAUAUCUCAAAAAACACCUGAAAACACAUACAGUUGAGAGGCCCCACUUGUGUUCUGUUUGUGGCAAAGUUUAUUUAAGGCUCAGAAGUUUAGAAGCACACAAGAAAACUCAUACUGAUAAACCGUAGUGAUCAUAUUGUGAAAAGAAAAGACAUGAUGCCAGGUCUAAUUAAUGAUCUAAAGUGUGCUUUAGACGUAAGCAAGAAAAUAUUUAGUUCCUACAAUAUUUACUUUUCACUAGAAAUGGAUUCAGAAGGCAGCAAAGCUGGAUCAUAAAAUUUCUUCAAUGUCUUCUUUUAAAGGACCAAACUGAGACCCCCCUUUAGUGGACCGGAAGGUAAACCGAGCAAAAAGGACACGGUUAUCUUGCAGUUCUUGCGUUGACACUAUCUAAUGCCUUGAAAGUGGACACUGUUGUUUUUGAUGUUGACCAAAAGUGAGGACCAUAAUAAAAGAAAACUUCCUUAAGGGCAACUGUGUUCUAAUACUUACAAAAUGUAAUUAACAGUGAGCCCAUGCAAGGCUAUUUGGCAACACUGGCAGACGAAAGACUACCGUAAUCUUAGUCAUUUUUAUUCACAUCUUGGUCAGACAACAGUCCUUAGACUAAUAGUUUAAGUCUGCAUAAAUCUUUCCAAAAUUUUGCAUGGAUCCAUAUAAUCAAAAACAAAAAGACUAGCUGGAUUUGAUUGUUCUC